GAGCUGCAGUCACCCCAGUGCAUGAAGCGUCGCCCAAGUGUAAAGACAGUGACAGACGAAAUAAAACAUUUACAAAUAUCCCGUGAUAAUCCCCCGAGAUCAUUCUCCCCCUCACCCACACCUCGAUGUGUACGUCGUAAAACUCCUGGGGUAAAAGAAAAAUAACAGUCAGUCUGUACAAGAUGGCCGCUCGGUUGACAUCGGCCUUCUACCACUUCACCCUUAUACUGCAUUUGUUUUUACUGAUUAACUACAAUUAUGGAGAGCGAAUUGGCGACAAAGCUGGUACACUCCACAUCAGCGAGGAUAAAGAUAAUCCGAGAGUGAGAAGAAGUUUUAUCAUCGACAGGAAUGAUUUUGAUUUUGAAACGUCAUCUGUCCGAAAUCGAAGGGAUACCACGAAAAACUCCACCAACGGUACACCCUACGUCAGUCCCAACAUCACAACAACGGUGAAUGUGUUGAACGACUCUCAUCAACAGCUGAUGGUCCACUGGGUGGGUGAAAAAUCAGAUGUGAUAAUCUGCCUAGCCAGGGACAGCUCUUCCUCGAUGCGUUCUCCAGCGAAUAAAGCUGCUGUUCCAUCGAAUCCAAGUGCUGUCUACAUCAGCUACGACUACGGCGAUUCCUUCGAGAACAAAACUGAAUUCUUCAAGAUAAAUACUGAUCAGCCCGAAGGAUCUGGUGCUGCCUACGCUACACUGGAUAAAUUCUACAAUCACCCGAAAUUCAAUGAAUACUGUAUCUUCGCGGACUCCACGAACAAAGUGAUCUUCACAACUUGGGACAAUGGCAAAAACAUCACGAGGGUGGACCUUCCCUUUCAUCCAAGUGAGAUAUCCUUCUAUGAUAAGGCCCCCCGAAUCGUCCUGGCCCUCGACAAGAUUGAUCCUGAGCGACAUCUCUGGAUUUCUUUCGAUAUGGGUAGAAACUGGGUGAAAAUUCACGAAUACGUGAAGGCCUUCUUCUGGUCGACCUUGCGCCCUACCAGUGUCCUGAUAGAGCGAGCAGAGCCCUCGGGAAAAAAUACAGUGGUCGAUGUGAAUAUUAUCUCCGCAAGCCGAGGUAAACACGAGCCAAAAUUGGUAAUCGAUAAUGUCCGGGAUUUUGAAAUUAGGGGUGAUUACAUGUUCGCUACGAAAUCCUCUGUUCACCAGAGUGAUAACAAGACGUCAGAGGAUCUGGAGUUUCUCGUAUCCUACAAGGACUCGGCUUUUGUCGCAGCAAAAUUCAACACAGAAUUGGAUAGAAGGGAUUAUCACAUAGCAGACGUAUCCAAUGACCGUGUAUUCGUCGCUGUUUCACACUCCUCAAAUCAAUCAAAUCUUUACGUAUCGGAGGGAGUGGAUCAGUGGACCUCGACGUUCUUCCUCUCCCUCGAGGGAGUCCUGGCAUUUUUUCCCAAUACAACGUGGCAGUCUACGUGGCUGAAUGAUGUGGCAGACGAGGCAUUCACUGAUCUAUACAAAGUCGAGGGAUUGAAGGGGAUAUACAUCGCCUCUCAGGUGAAGGAGAUACCCAAGAGUGCAAUUGGUCCUGAACACUUGAUAUCCCUGAUAAGUUUCGAUCAUGGUGCCACCUGGAGCAAGAUAAAAGCCCCAACGGUUAAUCAUGAGGGCUUCUACUCCCACUGCCCCAACGAUUGCUCUCUCCAUUUGAGCCAGAGGUUCAGUCAGCUGUAUCCAGUUACUAGAUCGGCUUCAAUAAUGAGUUCAAAGUCAGCACCUGGAAUUAUAAUGGCAACUGGGGUAAUGGGAAAUUCUCUCAAGGGCCAUCCAGCCCUCUACGUAUCGAGGGAUGCUGGUCUCACCUGGAAGCAAGUCCUCAAGGACUACUACUUCUUCAAUAUGGGGGAUCAUGGGGGUGUCCUUGUAGCUGUCAAGUAUUUCAAGUCAAGAGGAGAAACCAGGGAUAUCCUUUACUCUACAGACGAGGGGAGAACCUGGCAGACUUACAAGUUCAAUCAGGAUAUGCUGAGGGUUUAUGGCUUGAUGACUGAACCUGGUGAGAACACCACUGUCUUCACAAUGUUUGGAUCGAAUCCUGGACAGCACAAGUGGCUCAUCAUCAAGGUGGAUCUUCGAAAGGUCUUUGAGAGGCAGUGUACGAAGGAUGACUUCAAGCUGUGGACACCCGCCAGCUCUGAUCAGCCUGGCAUGUCCUGCGUCCUUGGAAAGAAAGAGACUUUUUACAGGAGAGCAUUAACUUCCAAUUGCUACACUGGGGUAGAUUUUGACAGACCUGUUCGAGUGCAGAUCUGCCCCUGUGAUUCUAUGGAUUACACCUGUGAUUUGGGAUUCAUCAGGACUGGAAAUCCUCUUCAGUGUGUGAGGGAUUCUCUCAACAAGUGGUACGAUCCAUACGCUAUUCCCAGGAGCUGUGAACCUGGAAAAUUCUACAACAGAACGAAAGGCUACAGGAAGAUUAGUGAUGACGAGUGUAUGGGAGGAAAUGACAGGAAGUACGAGCCUGAUGAGAUUCCCUGUCCCAUUGAUGAGGUGUCAGAGUUCCUGUUGGUGGCACAGAGGGAGAUCAUCUCUAGGAUUGAUUUGAGGACCGAGAAGAGGGAAAUCCUGCCUGUACUCAAUUUGAAAAAUGUAAUUGCCAUUGAAUAUGAUAUGAAUAAUAAUUGCCUCUACUGGGCUGAUAUCGUCAAUGAUACGAUUGGGAGGCAGUGCUUCAAGGAUGGGACGAGUUAUCCUGAGAUUAUGGUGGAAACUGAUCUGAGUUCUAUUGAGGGAAUGGCGUACGACUGGGUGUCCAAGGUGUUGUAUUUCGUGGAUGGAGUGAAAAUGAGAAUUCAGAUCAUCAGGACUGACCUGAAGACCGCUGGAAGAAUGAGGAGAACUAUCCUGGGACCAAAUAAUUUACAGAAACCCAGGGGAAUAGCUGUUCAUCCGAUGAUGGGGUACAUGUUCUGGACGGACUGGACACCAGGAAAUGCGUCUGUGUCGAGGGCUAAUCUAGAUGGAUCCAAUGUCAAGAGGCUGUUCACAAAACCUACGGUGGAGUGGCCCAAUGGUAUCACUAUUGAUCACAUCUCUGAAAGAAUUUACUGGGUUGAUGCCAGAGAGGAUUACAUCGGAUCCUCCGAUUACGAGGGCAAGAGAUUCAAGAAAAUAAUAGUUCUUGAUGACAGGGUGUCGCAUCCCUUCGCUGUUGCGGUAUUCAAAGACACCAUGUACUGGGAUGAUUGGAAGCAGUCGAAAAUAUUUCUCGCUGAUAAAGAGCAUGGAGUUGGAAUAACAUCAAAAUUAGGAACACUCACUGGUCUCAUGGAUCUCAAAGUGUUUGCACACAGUGUUCAGAGUGGAACAAACAAGUGCGAGAACAGCACAUGCUCUCAUAUCUGCCUUGGGGCACCUCACGACAGCUUCGUCUGCCUCUGCCCCGACGGCAUGGAAAUGCACGCCGGCAAGUGCAUGUGUCCCGGUGGUAUCGCUCCAUUUGAUAAUUCCACCUGUCCCAAAGUCGCCAGUACCUGUGCUCCCAAUCAAUUUGCGUGUAAAAAUGGAAUUUGCAUUCCUGAAUUCUGGAAGUGUGAUGGAGACAACGACUGCGGUGACAAUUCUGAUGAAUCCACCUGCAAGAAGUCAACAUGCAGUCCUAAUAGUUUCAAGUGCGAUGAGGAAAAGUGCAUACCCAAGUACUGGGUCUGUGAUUUUGAUAAGGACUGCAAGGAUGGACGGGACGAGGCGAAUUGCACUUACUUCAAGUGCACAGAUUCACAAUUCACUUGUGAUAAUGGCAAGUGCAUUGUUUACAGGUGGCAGUGCGACGGAGAAGAUGACUGCAAGGACGGAUCAGACGAGAAGAAUUGUUCAAUACCUAUUUUACCCAUAACCUGCAAGUCCGAUGAAUUCGUAUGCGCCUCGGAUCACACGUGUAUCUCCAGGGCGUGGCAGUGCGAUGGUGAAAAAGAUUGCGAGGAUGGCUCAGACGAGAAGGAUUGCGCUAAAAAGGUGUGCGAGGAGUGGCAGUUCACGUGUGACACUGGCACAGAAUCUCAGAUGUGUAUCUACAAGUCGUGGCUGUGCGAUGGAGAAAAUGACUGCAAGGAUGGCGCCGACGAGGCAAACUGCACCAUAACAACGGCUGCACCACCUCCAGAAAUUCUUCCCACCGAUUCCUGCAACGAAUGGAUGUUCUUGUGCAAUAACAACAAGUGCGUUCCCUACUGGUGGAAGUGCGACAGGGUUGAUGACUGUGGAGAUCAGUCUGAUGAGUUGGGCUGUAACUCAACAAAUCUGCCUGAAUGGGUCCCCACAACUGACAGCCCCAAGCCCCACAAGCUCUGCGAUCAGCAACAGUUCCAGUGUUACGAUGGAAAAUGUGUGGCCGCUGCAUGGGUGUGCGAUGGAACUCCCGAUUGUAACCUUGGUGAGGAUGAGCUCCACUGUCACGGCAUGCACAGGGGCUGCAGGGAAGAUCAAUUUAUGUGCAGAGUGGACGGCUCAUGCAUACCAUUAUCCACUACUUGCAAUGGAGUUGAGGAUUGUCCUGACAAGUCCGAUGAAUUAGGUUGUAACGAGAGUCAACAACCGAGUCCUGCAGCCACACCAUCCUGUUACCCUGGUUUCUUUCCGUGCGAUGAAACCAGAUGUUUGCCAUCAUCGUCCUACUGCGAUGGAAAACAGGACUGCUUCGAUUGGUUCGACGAGAACAACUGCGAGAAGAAUAACACACAUGUCUAUCAGAAAAUGAUGCUGGGUGUGGAUGAGCGUGCAGCCAACUCCACGAGUCUUCUAUUUUACUGGUGGAUGUCCAUUCCCACAAAUAUCACAUUUGAAUUUUUACCAUCGAUACUGAAGAUCGUGCCAGGAUCUAAGUGGCAGAAUACAAGCAAUUGGAUUGAGGAUACGGAGUACAGGUUCAAUGAUCUGGAGCCUUAUACGACUUAUAAUCUCACUGUGUACGUCAGGUUGAAGGGACAGACGGUAGAUUAUCCCUCACCUAAAUACUGGGUUGCAAAGACGUCGGAAGGAGUUCCUUCGGAGCCCUGGAAUGUCACGGCUGUCCAGAGGAAUGGAUCGAGAGUGGAAGUCUCCUGGAAGGUCCCGCUCCAGCCAAAUGGUCCUAUCAGUGGUUACGACGUCUACAUGUCACCUCCAAAUCUAAAUUUCUCCACCCAGAAGACAUCUUAUGUCAUCGAUAUUCCCUACACAGCCGGUCAGACUUAUUUGUUCUGGGUGAUUGCUAAAAAUCGAGACCUACAGUCCAACUCGUCGAUCAUUGCUAAGUUAACGUUCGAUGGCUCUGCAAACAUCGACGAUAUCAGAGGCCUCAGGAUUAUUGAUACAACCAACAACUCAGUUCACUUAACGUGGGAUAAACACGUUGGAGUCGAUGGUUAUCACGUAACUCCUCGUGCUUCAGUGCCAUACCCAGUAUUGAAGACCUAUUCAACUCUGGAUAACGACUUUGUGGUACCAAAUUUGGCUCCUGGUGUGCAAUACAUAUUCGAGGUGAAUGCCAUGAAGAAGACGUACAUCGGUAAAAUUGUGCAGAUCAGUGGAACGACCAAGGGGACACCGCUCCCUGUAUUAACUGAAUUUGUUACGAUAUCCAAGAAGUCUGAUGGUACAACUGUGAAGAUCAGCUGGGAUCCACCGAAAAAUGGAAGAAAAAUCAAGUGGCAGUACGCAGUGCAUUAUGGAUUGAGCAUGCAGGAUUUGUUCCAGGAGCCGAAGCUAGUGACGCCUAACCUGACGACUUCGAUUAAAGAUCUCGAGGCCUGCGAGACGUAUCUGUUUGCAGUGGGUCUGUAUGGGCCGUAUGGAGCUGGACCCCUGUCUCCCCCGAAGAAAGUACCUACUCACUACAAUAGCAGAGCACCACCAAAGGACCUGCGUGUUACAGCCUCGAGCAAGGCAGACACUGUUAUUGUCUCGUGGAGUGCCAGUUGUGUUACACUUGAUGAGGCAAUCAGGUACACCAUAACUGUCACUGAUAUGAUGAAGAACAAGACGACUGUGGUGACACUUCCAGCUACCAAUGAGACUGUCAUCAGGCACACGUUUAAAACGAUAAAGCAUGGAGGGCAGUACAGGGUAACUGUUGCCACUGACGCAAAUGAUGCAAAAUCCAGUCAACCUGUCAUAUACGUGGCACCACCGAUACCAUCACCUCAUCAGCUUCACGUUAUGCCUGACGAUGACAAGUACAUCGUCUACUGGCAGGAGAGGGAACUCCCCAGCACACUGGAGAAUACCACGAAAUAUCACUACGAGCUGCUCGUUAAUGAGGACUCACGCACGAUCAAUGAGUCGAGUGCUAAAAUUUUUGAGUGUGAUCAACCACCGUUUAUCUAUAAAGAUGCAAAACCCAGUGUUAUUUACUCGUUCGCUGUCAGACUGGUCACGGAUGAGGGAUACAGCAGCCUCUUGAGCGAAAUCCAGAGCAUUAGAACGUCUUCUCUUGCUCCAUGGCCUGCCACUAUAAAUUCAACUAAUAUGCUCUCUAUUGCCAUUCCUAUUUGCCUCCUGAUCGUCGCUCUCGGCGUUGGACUGGCUUAUUUCUUCGUGAGGCACAGGAGACUGUCUAAUAGUUUCACACAAUUUGCCAACAGCCAUUAUGACACUAGACGCGGUCAGGCCACUUUCCCGGGGACAACUGAUGCCCUAGAUGAAGAAGACAGUCCUGUGAUUCGAGGCUUCUCCGAUGAUGAGCCACUGGUAAUAGCGUAAAAUUGUGGAUGAAAAUUAUUAAAGAAAUUAUGAUAUUUCAAACGUAUACAGUAAAAUUACGUAAGCAUUAUUGUAACGGAAAAGACACUACUACUACUGAUUAAUUUUUUGGAAUAGGUAACAGUUUUGAAAAUGACCGGUGGGGGAACGAACAGAUCACGCGAAUUUAUUAAUUGUCUUUUUCAAUUAAAUUUAGUUGUAGAGAUGGAAAAUAAAUGGAAGUCAUGUCUUGCUCUGCGAAUAUCUCGAGAAAUUUAGGUUUUGGGAGAAAAGCGUAUAGAUAACUUUUUGAAGUCCGAAUAAUUUCAAAUGAAAUUGGUCCCUUAAAUUUUUUUUCUGGGAGCAAUGGUUUCCGAGAUAUUCAGGGAUGGAGGGAAAUCGUUUGUUUUCACAUUUAUCGCUUUUGUACAGAGUCAAGAAAAUUCAUUUGUAUUAAUUAAAAUAAUUACCUCGUAAUUACGGUUCGUUUUCCGUGGGGGGCGUCGAAGUGUCGGGACCCUGUAAAUAUUUAAAUCAUUUUAUUUCACGACGAAUUUUUCCUAUAAUUUUUCUCGUCAACCUUGUUAAUUCUUGUUCUACUGGUGAAUAUUGUUACGUCGAAUUUUAAUUUGCGAUGAUUGUAUUCUCUGCUUCUCAUUGUCAGUCUGAUUCCCGCGACUAAGCCAUAACCAAAUUUUUUAUUGAAAAAGGUGAGAAUAUUGGAGAAAAUUGCCGUCCGGAAUUUUAUCGGUUGAAUUUCAGGAGCGCAACAGCUAAUUGUAAAAAUUUGAUUUGGUCAAUAAUCAAGUUUUCAACAAAUAACUUGUCAUCCAAGAGAGAUAGAAAAAUCUCGUAGAGAUCUUUUUUGUGGCGCUAAUUCCGCUCUACAAAAAAUGUCCUGAGAAAAUUUUCGUUAUUUUUCUUAGAUCGACAGAUAUUCCUCGAGAACCCGACAAUGGAACAAGUCGAUUUUUACCGUUUACCUCGUGGCUACUGAGUUCUUAAUUUUUUUUCUGGUUUAUUGCAUUUGAAAGAUAAGAGGGGUAGUGGUAUUUAGUUAAGACUGGAAAUGUGCCACAAAAUCAAGUGGUCAUUGGGUGAAAAAUAAAAUAAUUGGCUUUUCUUUUUCACACCGUAAUGACCUGAAGUUUUUUUUUCUCGUAUAAGCACGUGUUUUUAUGCACUUUUGUAAUGAAUUCGAUGAGAAAACGUGUCGAUGGGAAAUUUCCUUCGUUGAAUAUUUUAUAUGUGUUCCUACGGGUUUAUUACGCAGAUGAUGAGAAACUUUAAUACGAAAAAAAUGAAAAUUAGGGGAGAAAGACAGUCGGAUUUGGGCUGAGGGAAAUGAACGCUUGCCAGUGCAAUAAUUCAUUUAUUUAAAUAAUUAUUCUGCAAUGAAUAGAGAUUGUCGCUUUUCGUUAAUUGCGUGGAGAUUUCCUUCACCCAAUAUUCAGCGAGAUAAUUCGAUUAGACAAUUCACAGUUAUACUGAUUGCCCAUUUACCUCUUCUUUUUACUAAUUUACCUCUGAUUUUGUUGAUAAAUCAAAUAAUCCGACUGUCAUGCGUGUGAAUGAAUCAAUUUAACCCCUGGAAUCAUCAUGUCUUAGUGACUGACACGUAAUUUUCUUUCGCAAUUAGCGAGAAUGAGAUAAAGUUGAAGGGGAAACAGAGAGAAUACGAUUGUAGUCGUUACGUGUAAAUCUUCGAGGAGUAUAAUGAUAACAGUGAUAUAAUAUAUUGUGAGUGUAAAUAAACGAAGUUGAGGAAAAGCAGAA